AAUUUUUGGAAAAAAAGCAGACAAGCCAUUGCUGGAAUCCUGUUUUCUAUUUACAACCCAUACAUGUUACAGUAUCUUCCAGGGUCAACAUCUUUUAUUAUAUAUUUAUUUUUUUUAUUUUUUGGAGAGCCAAAUUAGCUUUUGUGGCAACUGAAAUACCUUUUUAACGAUUAUUCUUCAGCACACGAUGUUGCUUCUUUUCAUUGUGUUAGGAGUCUGUGCAUCAAAUACAUCUGGUUUUACUGUGUACCGUAUGAAUAACAAAGAAAAAUGUCAGGUGCAGAUCACACAUUCUGUUGGUUACUUUGUUCUGAAUGAGGAGCCAUCAAUUAUCAAAUGUCCAGUUUUUCAGUAUUUUCAGAUGGAUGUUUCUGAAACUUAUCAGCAACCGUUUCAGCUUGCCUGGAAUAAAAAUGGUUCUGAGAUUAUAAUUGCGGACGAUGAAUCUAGAAUUCGUACAAACCAAUAUGCCUUGUGGUUUCUGCCAGCUGUAACAGAGGACACUGGCAUGUACACUUGUAUUGUCAGGAAUUCAUCUUUCUGUCUUGAGAUAUCAAUGUCCCUGACAGUUGUGAGCGAUGAGAAUUUAUCUGAUAUUAAAUAUGAACAAAUUGCUUUUGAGAAGUUCAACUUUUCGAUGAGUUGCCCAGAUAUAAACGAAUAUGAAAGUAAUUCAGGCAUAAUGAAUCUGAAGUGGUAUAAGAAUGGAGAAGCUCUGGUGAAUGAAAACUCCAGAUUUCAGUAUGUCGAUGGUAACACAUAUGCUUUAAUAAAGAAUGUAGAUCACGACGAUGCCGGGUAUUAUAAAUGCCAGUUGGACUUCACUCAUGAGAACAGACACUUCUCAGUUUCCAGGAUUAUACAGCUGCAAAUUAUAGGUCACGAGAGAAGACAUCCUGUCAUUGUUCAACCAAGUCGAAAGAUUAUAGCUGCUGCCAUAGGUUCUAAGCUAGUCAUUCCGUGCAAGGUGUUUACUGGUCCUGAUGAAAGCGGUCUUAUGGUGUGGUGGCUGGCAAAUCAAUCUUUUGUUGAUGACUACUCUGCAGAUGGUCGUGUGGUAGAAGGUACAUUACAAAAGACUAUGGAUACCACUGGUCAGUAUUUCGAGGUCUCACUCAUCUUUGUGCACAUUAAAGAAGAGGAUUUCAGCACAGAUUUUAAGUGCAUAGCCAGCAAUGAUUAUGGCCAAGAAGUCCUGCCAACACAAAUAAGACAAGCAGCCUCCUCUUUUGCCUGGUAUUUUGCAGCUGCCCCCGCCUUUGUGGUUUUCCUGGUUGUAGCGAUAAUAUUCGUAUACAAACACAGGAAAUCGGGAAAUAAGAAAGAUUAUUCUCUGACCAAGUCAUAAAUGGAACUGUGUUCUGGACAUUAACUCAAUCCUCAAGACCUUCUGAUGAAUAAUCAUAUUCAUGAUGAGCAAAUGAUUGUUUGAUGUUGGAAAGGGAGGAUAAUAUAUAUAGAAUAUAUAUGGUAGAUUAUAUACAGUAUAUGCGUAUAUGCAUCUGAACUAAAUAGACCCAACCUAUAAGGCUCCAUGCACAAUGGGCAUUUGUAAUUUGUGCUCCGAGCAUUUGUCCUUGAGCGCAUACUGCCCUAAGCGUUAGUACGGCUGGGUGCGAUGUCCAGCCCCAUCCAGCCACAGCUUCUGAUAAUGAAAGGCUGCUGCCCAUGGGGCUGGGUGGUAAUUGUUUUGUCUUGCAGUUUACAGUUAGGGUAGUCAGUUAUGCUUUGUUUGAAAUGCCCAGGUCUGUUAUGCCUCGUACACACAAUCGGAAUU